UUCGUCCUAUUAUGGGACUCCUCAGCAGUGCGCAUCCACAACCUCGCCUCAUGAGAUUCGAACCCAGGACAUAUCGAUCUCAUGAUAUCAACUAUUGAAAUUACUAUGAUAUCCACAAAAACUCUUUCUGAUAUCAAUCAACAUAUGCUAACUAGUGACUGGCUUCAAGAGGUAUAUCCUGGAGUUCUAGUGGGAAGCAAUGACCAGUGAAGUUCAACCGGGUCGGUUGUGAGAUAGUAACUCAUUGAUGACAAUGGUGAAUGUGUCGCUCAGUUUUGUGGAUUGGUUGAAGUUAGACAUUAACACCGUUGGAUGCCGGCUAUCUCAGUGGUCUACUGGUUAGGCGCUCGCACGCGAGACUGAUAAGUAAUGUGAUCGAAUCCCGCGAAGCGAGAUCGUGGAUGCGCACUGCUGGAGUCCCACAAUAGGAUAAAACGGUCGUCCACUGCUUCCAGGUUUUCCGUGGUGAUCUAGCUUCAAUUGACUCAUGAUCUCAACUACUGAAAUAUGAUAACAGUUUGACUAAAUCUACGGAAAACAUUACUGCUGGGAUGUGCCCCCGAAUACCCUGGUACGGCCGAGAGUGGGGAGAGUCCGCUCUCCCUCUCGAAAUACUCUCACACGGCCGCGCGUAUACAGCCUCUGACAGGGAAGUCCUACUCAUUGCCUUCUUGUGGCGGGGGUGUUGUUUACGAAAAUGAGAAAACGAAAAGCGAAUGUCCGGCGCUUUAACCGGAUCACAAACCAAUGGUACACAUGGGCUCCAGUAUCCUGCGGGAACAAAUGGCGUAUGAACCAAUCGUUGGUCACCGGCUACCAUGGGAUUGCAUCUCCUUACGAUGCUCCUCUGCCUUGUGGAUUAGACCUUUAGGUCAAAGGCUCGGGGUGUGGCCCCCUAAAAUGACCACCUGCUUCGGUUUGGGCAUCCGGGCAGUAUCACAGCCCACACACAAAUGAUGAACUCCUUAUGUCUAUGGAAAUUACUUUUCUCACUUCGAAAAACAAUCAAUUGAUUCAAAUUAUUAUCAUUACAAUUAUUGUCAUUAUUAAUACUAUUAUUAUUAUUAAUAUUAUUGUCAUUAUUAUUAUUAUUAUUAUUAUUAUUAUUAUUAUUAUUAUUAUUUUCCACAUUAUCCACCCUCUUUUAUACUCAUACAGCGACUCGUCCUUGGUGGAAAUUCGACUGUAUCUAAACGUUCUCGAGUCACUGUCCGGUUGAAAAUUGUAUGUUACCACCGAAUACGAGAACUGAAGCAGUUUUUCUGAAACCACGUGCACCAUUCAAACUGGCUGCCUUCAACGUUCGCACACUUAUGCAGGUCGGACAACAGAUAGGGCUGGCCAUGUCUUUGGAAAGUCUUAAUAUUGAUGUUUGUUGUCUAUCCGAGACCAGUAUUCAAGACUCUGGCGAAGUACUACAAAUUCGCUCUCCAUCUGUCGCUUCGAAAAGCUUGUUUUACGUGCGUUUAUCCGGGGACCCUGUGGCAUCUUCGGCUGGUCUUGCUGGUGUUGGCGUUGCACUGAGCGCUAGAGCUGAGGCAGCACUAGUCGAUUGGAUCCCCAUUAACAGUCGGUUAUGUGCUGUUAGAUUGGAAAGUUCCAUCAAAGUGAGAAGAAAUCGGAGUGAGAAACGAUGUCUUUUCGUCAUCUCCUCCUAUGCCCCGACAGAUUGCAGCCCGGAUGAAAUCAAGGAUGAGUUUUACCACCAGUUAUCU